CGCGCGCCCACGUACGCGCACGCGCACCGAUCUGCCUCCGGAACGGUCACAGUCACGCACUGGCGCGCGCGCGCCGUGACUCAAAACCCUUUUUAAAAUCCGAGGGUGUAACUGAAGUACAAGAAAGUGCAUACAUGGCACGGUAGGUGGUGGAGACAUAGAGAUGACCAAGACCAGAACCUGCCCCCAAGGAGCUUCCAGUCUGGUAGACGUGCUUAUAUUUUAGGGAAGACGGCCUCGCCUCUAAAACAUUCCCUAAAGUCCUACUGUAACUGAACUCAAGGGGCUCGUCUCUUGGUGAGUACGGAGCUGAAAAGCACAACUGGGGCUGAAGGAAAUGAAGAAAAGUUUUAUUGCUUGCGCAGGCAAUAGAGAACACCGAGUACAGCUCCCAAGGAAGCGUCUCCGGGAACUUAGUGUUGCAGGAGACGUUAUGCACAAGAGCACGGAGGAUAUGUUACAAUUGUGUAACAACUGUGCUCAAUCAGGGCACAUGUGCAGCAGGUGGGCAGGCCAUUACACAACGAGUUCAAGGAACUAUUACACAAUGAGUUCAAGGAACAUGAACAGGUCAUUAUGUAACGGGUCCAUGGCAACUUUUGGACACUUGGCUCUGGAGCAAUUUGCAAGGGUCUUGCUGCAACCCUGUACUUUUCAUUGUAAGAUGGCAACAUCUGCAAAAACGGGAACAUCACCUUCGGAAAAAGAGAACAUUUAGUUUCUCCUUAUCUGGAAAACGUUUGACAGCCCGUUUGUUAUUGAUCAGAUUCUCAGUAACUCUUUCCUUGCCUGGUUCCCGGUCACACUGCUAGAAGCCAGACUGCCAGGAGAGGCUGGGGACAGAGUGCUGCAGGAGAUCAUAGCAGCAUUCUUGCUAGGCUUUAAGCGUAGGGAAGAUAAAUUCCAAAUGGGUGACUGGGAGAUAUGUGAUCUGCUGAUUCUCAUAAUCAUUAUACCAGAUUGAUUGUGCUGUGGAAUCUCAGGCUGGAGGGGAGUAUGUUAUCAGGCAUAAAGCCCCGUGAAGAGAUCAAGAAACUUCUGACCAGAACGACCCAAGGUAGGAGAGAGAAAUCCCCCCCGAAUGAAAGUAUAGGAGUGAGGGGUGCGGAGUACGAGGGAAGGGCCCUGGGCAUCCGCGGUGCUUGACUCGAGGGCCUAUCGCAGGAGAGGGAGCAUGUGCGGUAGUAAAGAGCAGGGAAUGUGGACCCAAAUCGCUCAGGUUCAAAUUCUGACCACAAGCACCGCCUUUAGUCAGUUCUUCAUCUAUCUCAUAGGUUCACUGUGUAUUGAUACAAGUUAACCCAAGCACUUAGAGCAGUGCACGCUUGAACAGUAGCCUGUCGUAUUCAAACAGGAGGGAGAGAGAAUCGCUUUUACUUAAAAAAAAAAAAAAAAAAAAGUAAAAGGCCUGUAAGCUUUCGCGGAGCUGGCGAGAAAACCGCUUCUAUCCCUCAAAGGCAUAUGAGAGAAGGGGGCGGGGCGGGGCGCGGGAAGCGGGUGAGGGCGUGCGCGCGGCCGAGGCCGAGGCCCCUUUGCGUGCGCGCGCCCGCGCCUCGGUCUUGCCGGAGGCGUGACCGUAAAGGAGCCCGGCCUGCCGUGAAAAGGCCGCAAACACGCGCGGGUUGGCUCUUGAGUCGGUGUUGUUCGUUGCUCCGCUGUUUGCUUUUCUUCCCACAGCAGUUGUGAAGCGAAAAGGCGUAGAGGGAAACAGUUUUAAAGAUAAUUCAGGAAUAGUACUGACAAGGGAGCGGGUCGCUUCGACUCCGCAGUAGGCGUGAUCAGUCGUCCCCGGGAGGUGCGGGCUGAAGCGGGGGCCGGGGGCAUGCGGCCCGUGGACCCGGACGAGGCGGACGCCCCGGAGCAAGUGGAGGUGCUGGAGCCCGAGGAGGACUUCGAGCAGUUCCUGCUGCCCGUCAUCCACGAGAUGCGCGAGGACAUCGCGGCGCUGAGCCGGCAGCGCGGCCGGGCGCCCCUGCGGAACCGCAGCAAGCUGUGGGAGAUGGACAAUAUGCUCAUCCAGAUCAAGACGCAGGUGGAGGCCUCGGAGGAGAGCGCGCUGAACCACCUGCAGAGCGCGGGCGACGGCGGCGAGGGCCGGGCGGCCAGGCGGGGCGAGCGGGCCGAGGAGAAGGCCCGGGAGGUGGCGAAGAUGGCCGAGAUGCUGGUGGAGCUGGUGCGGCGGAUAGAGCGGAGCGAGUCGUCGUGAGGAGCGGCGGCGGUGAGGCGGCGGGCGCCCCACGAGCGUGAUCGAACGGCUUCCUGGGUGAUAGUGACGUCUCAGGAGUGCAGCCCCGAUCCUCCUGCGUCCAGACUUCGGCAGUGGGCGGAAAGUUGGGGUCGAGAGGAAAAUGAACGCGUGCUUGUUUGGAUGGGGGUUCACAGCUGGUGGCCUCUGCUCAACUGGUGAGGAUGGGCUGACCCCUCCAGGAAACGGAAGCAGCUCUCGUUUUCUCUACUCUGUUUGUAUGUUUUUUAUCCCCACCUAACAGUCUGCCUUAAGUUACCCCGGGACCUGGUUGUUUUCUGGAAGUGUGAGGCACGUGAAGCCUUGGGGUUGGAAUCCUCCAGCGUCAGAGGUGCAGUGGAAGGCACUGCUUGGAUGUGGCUGGGGGAGAGUGUGGGAACAAGACCGCCUUGCAUAAGACUGCGAAGAACUAGCAGACAGCUGCACAGGGAAGAUGGUCGUGCAUCCAUUUGGAACUUGAGUCAUCUGUGACACACAGGAGGAGAGUUAUGUUUUGUUGCCUAUAUUGUCUGCUGUUCAUUUUGCAAUCUGUCAGGGCUUCAGAGCAUCGCAUCAGGGAGACGAUCUGCAAAGAGCCGUGAGAGGCCGGGGAAGGAAGGGGCAUCAUCAGGCCGCGUCAAGUGCCCUCUCCUUCACUGGGGUGGCAGACCCGACAGGGACUUGAGACGAAAGUCAGACGUGUUCUCAGUAUUCAUUUGCUUUGAAAAACAAAGACCUAAAAAACCUUUGUUAAAAUAAAUUUUUUGUUCGAAUGACCAAAGCCCCUGUGUGUGUUAAUAAAAGAAUCAUGAGUAAAUUUCUCUUAAAA